AGCUCUAUGAUAGAUUCUGUUUGGUUUCUCUGCUUCUACUGAACUGUACUGCCACCAGACACAACUAACCACCUUUGCUCCACCGCACACGGCGAAAGACGGCGAAACAAUCAAUGAAACACGGCACUUCCGAGUUAUGGAUAAUCUUUCUAAUUCUACUCUUCUAUACAUUCAACUUAAUCAGUAACGUAUCAGCUUCAAUUCACGAGUACAAAGACGAGCAAUUUAUUCCAAAAUCCAAUGCUUUCUUCUUCCAUGGUGGAACUGAGGGUCUCUAUGCGUCCAAAUCAUCAUCGAAUGCUUCCCCGGAUAAACCACUUGAAGGAAAAUCCUUCAUCAGAUUUGAAGAUGUUGUUUUUUUGAGGACAAAGGAGUCUGCUGAAGCAACAAAUGCGAUGCAGAGUCGAACUGGUUUGAUUGAAACUAUCAUUCUUGAGGUCAGAGACAGAGAAAAGAUUGGAGAUGCUUUUGCAAAGUCUAAUGCACUGUGUUGUACUCCAAAACUUGCUCAAGAGAAGUUCUGCACCGUAGGAGAGGUUAUGAUUCAGCACAACCAAGACAACCCACUGUGGCCACUACGUAUUCAGACAUUUUUUGAAGGAAAGAAUCAGGAAGCAAAUAUGCUUCCCGCAACAGUUGAAAUUAACAGUACAGGGAUGUACUAUCUUUAUUUCAUGUUUUGUGACCCAGCACUUAAGGGAACAAUAAUCAGAGGCAGGACGGUAUGGAAAAAUCCAGAUGGCUACUUACCAGGGAGAAUGGUACCAUUGAUGACUUUCUACGGACUUGCUUCUUUAGCCUAUCUUGUGCUUGGUUUUUUCUGGUUCCUGAAGUUUGUCCAGUUUUGGAAGGAUGUUAUACAGCUACAUUAUCAGAUUACUGCUGUUAUUGCCCUUGGCAUGUCUGAGAUGGCGCUCUGGUAUUUUGAAUAUGCAAAUCUUAGUGCCACAGGAAGCAGACCUAUGGUAAUUACGAUAUGGGCAGUCACAAUGACUGCUGUAAAGAAGACGUUGUCUCGUGCGCUUCUUUUAGUCGUUUCAAUGGGUUAUGGUGUUGUCCGGCCUACGCUUGGUGGUGUAACCUCAAAAGUGUAUCUUUUAUGCCUAAUGUAUUUUAUUGCCACUGAGGCACUUGAACUUGUGGAGCAUUUGGGCAGCAUCAAUGACUUCUCAAGGAAAACCAAGAUAUAUCUGGUGCUGCCUGUUGUUUUCUUGGAUGCAUCAGUUAUUUUGUGGAUAUUCUCAUCAUUAUCCAAGACAUUGGAAAAAUUGCAGAUGCGGAAAAGCAUGGCAAAACUUGAUCUUUAUAGAAAGUUUACCAAUUCCCUUGCAAUUUUUGUGCUGCUUUCCAUUGCUUGGGUUGGCUAUGAGCUGUACUUCAAUGCAAGCGACCCGUUAAGUGAGCUAUGGCGAAUUUCCUGGAUUAUUCCAGCUUUUUGGAGUUUGCUUGCCUUUUCAUUGUUGGUAGUAAUAUGUAUUCUCUGGGCUCCUUCAAGUAAUCCAACCAGAUAUGCAUAUGCUGGGGAAACCGAAGAUGAUUACGAUGAGGAAGCUAUCUCUCUCACGAGCGGAGUGAGGAUAAUGACCGGAGUGAGGGUAAUUGGUGACUCAGGGACCACGCUUGAAAGGAAAGAAAAGAAAGGGUCUGCUUUGACGGAGCUUGUGAGUGACAAAAGAGAAGAUCCUGAGGAGGAUAAGCGCGAGUAGUGUCAUCCUCAGUCCCUCAGGAACAGCAAUUGGUUUGUAUUUUCAACAUCAAUUCUCUUACAUAACUUGUAUGCCAUGUACAAAAGUAACACCAGAGGGUUGUCAUACUUGUCGUGACAGAUAUAGUUAAAACUUGUACAUAGUGAAAUCUAUGUUAAGCUGAAUAUAUCUGGCUGCCACGGCCUCUUAUUUCCUUCCAUCCAAGCUUUUAACCUCUCA